GCUCCGGGGCCACCGCGUGCGAAGGCACCGCCAGUCUCCCCGCCGGCAGAAAAAUGAGGAUAUUUAGUGUCUUUGCAUUCAUGGCCUACUGUCAUUUGCUGAAAGCAUUUACGAUCACAGUGUCCAAGGACCUGUAUGUGGUAGAGUAUGGCAGCAAUGUGACAAUGGAGUGCAGAUUCCCCGUAGAAGAACAAUUAGACCUGGUUUCACUGAUCGUCUACUGGGAAAUGGAGGAUAAGAAAAUCAUUCAGUUUGUGCAAGGGAAGGAAGACCUGAAAGUUCAGCACAGAAGCUACAGUCAGAGGGCCCAGCUGUUGAAGGACCAGCUCUUCCUGGGGAAGGCCGCGCUUCAGAUCACAAACGUGACCCUGGAGGAUGCCGGGGUUUACUGCUGCUUGAUUGGCUAUGGCGGUGCUGACUAUAAGCGGAUUACUUUGAAAGUUCAUGCCCCAUAUCGAAAAAUCAACCAAAGAAUUUCUGUGGAUCCCGUCACCUCUGAACAUGAACUAAUGUGUCAGGCUGAGGGUUACCCAACCGCUGAAGUCAUCUGGACAAACAGUGCCCAUCAAGUCCUGAAUGGCAAAACCAUCAUCUCUGUUUCCAACAUGGAGACAAAGCUUUUCAAUGUGACCAGCACGCUGAGAAUCAACACAACGGCUAACGAGAUUUUCUACUGCACUUUUCUUCAAAGAUCAAGUCCCGAGGGAAACAGUACUGCUGAGUUGGUCAUCCCAGAACCAUUUCUGGUUCCAGCAAAUGAGAGGACUCACUUCAUGAUUCUGGGAGCCAUCCUGUUGUUUCUUGUCGUGGUCCCGGCUGUCACUUUCUGUCUGAAGAAACAAGAUGUGCGAACGAUGGAUGUGGAAAAAUGUGACACCACAGAUAUGAACUCAAAGAAACAAAAUGAUCUACAAUUUGAGGAGACGUAA